GAACGGACCGGGCCGGAGCGAUCGGGCCGGGCCGGCGGCGGGCGGACACCAUGGGGCGCGGCGGCGGCACCUUCGAGCGGCUCCUCGAUAAGGCCACAAGCCAGCUCCUGCUGGAGACAGACUGGGAAUCCAUCCUGCAGAUCUGCGACAUGAUCCGUCAGGGAGACACCCAAGCGAAAUACGCCGUCAAUGCCAUCAAGAAAAAAGUGAAUGACAAGAAUCCUCACGUGGCCCUGUACGCGCUGGAGGUCAUGGAGUCGGUGGUUAAAAACUGUGGCCAAACAGUUCAUGACGAGGUGGCCAAUAAACAGACCAUGGAGGAGCUGAAGGAAAUACUCAAGAGGCAAGUGGAGACAAGUGUCCGCAGCAAGAUCCUAUACCUCAUCCAGGCCUGGGCUCACGCCUUCCGCAACGAGCCCAAGUACAAGGUGGUGCAGGACACCUAUCAGAUAAUGAAGGUUGAAGGUCACGUCUUCCCAGAGUUCAAGGAGAGUGAUGCCAUGUUCGCUGCAGAGAGGGCUCCAGACUGGGUGGAUGCAGAGGAGUGUCACAGGUGCCGAGUGCAGUUCGGCGUCGUGACGCGGAAGCACCACUGCCGGGCCUGUGGGCAGAUCUUCUGUGGAAAAUGCUCCUCCAAGUAUUCCACCAUCCCCAAGUUUGGGAUUGAGAAGGAAGUGCGAGUCUGUGAGCCCUGCUAUGAGCAUCUCAACAAGAAAACUGAGGGUAAAGCUGCUGCCACCUCCGAACUGCCCCCUGAGUACCUGACCAGCCCCCUCUCUCAGCAGUCCCAGCUGCCUCCAAAGCGCGAUGAGACAGCUCUGCAAGAGGAAGAGGAGCUCCAGCUGGCUAUUGCCUUGUCUCAAUCAGAGGCUGAGGAGAAGGAGAGAAUGAGGCAGAAAACAACCUACUCCAUGUACCCUAAGGCUGAGCCCACUCCUGUCACAUCAUCGGCUCCUCCAGUCAGCACGCUGUACUCCCCGCCCGUGAAUUCUUCUGCUCCCUUGGCUGAGGACAUUGACCCAGAGCUGGCCCGGUACCUGAACCGCAACUACUGGGAGAAGAAACAGGAGGAGGUUCGCAAGAGCCCCACACCGUCAGCACCCCUGUCCCUGACGGAGCCAGCUGUGCAGCCUGGGGAAGCCCACCCUGCCCCUCUCGGAGUGGUUGAGCAGCAGUACCAAAACGGUGAGUCCGAGGAGAACCACGAGCAGUUCCUGAAGGCGCUGCAGAACGCGGUCACCACGUUCGUCAACCGCAUGAAGAGCAACCACAUGCGAGGCCGCAGCAUCACCAACGACUCUGCCGUGUUGUCCCUCUUCCAGUCCAUCAACAACAUGCACCCACAGCUGCUGGAGCUGCUCAACCAGCUGGAUGAGCGCAGGCUGUACUAUGAAGGCCUGCAGGACAAACUGGCCCAGAUCCGGGACGCGCGCGGGGCUCUGAACGCGCUGCGGGAGGAGCACCAGGAGAAGCUGCGCCGUGCAGCAGAGGAGGCAGAGCGGCAGCGCCAGAUCCAGCUGGCACAGAAGCUGGAGAUCAUGAGGCAGAAGAAGCAGGAGUAUCUGGAGAUGCAGCGUCAGUUGGCCAUCCAGCGACUGCAGGAGCAGGAGAAGGAGAGGCAGCUGCGCCUGGAGCAGCAGAAGCAGACCAUCCAGAUGAGAGCCCAGAUGCCAGCUUUCUCACUGCCUUAUGCUCAGCUCCAGGCCAUGCCCGCAGCCAGUGGGGUGAUCUACCAGCCCUCUGGGCCCACCAGCUUCCCUGGCACCUUCAGCCCAGCUGGCUCCGUGGAGGGCUCUCCCAUGCACAGCGUGUACAUGAACCAGGCUGCGCAAGGGGGAGCUGGGCCGUACGCUGCCAUGCCCGUCACCGGGACUGACCCCAGCAUGGUGAAUGCCUACAUGUACCAGGCGGGCGCCAGCAGUGGGCAGGGGCCUCAGCAGGGGCCAGCGGUGCCCACCACCACCCCUGCAUAUUCAUCCUACCAGCCCACACCCACGCAGGGCUACCAGACUGCAGCCUCACAGUCGCAGAGCAUCCCAGCUAUCUCCCAGGCACCCCAGUCGGGCACCAUGGGCUACAUGGGCAGCCAGUCCGUCUCCAUGGGCUACCAGCCCUACAGCAUGCAGGGUCUCAUGUCUGCCCUGCCAGGCCAGGACACGGCUUUGAGCAGCCUGCCAGCCCAGCAGUCCUACCUGCCGGGGCAGCAGCCCCUCUACCAACAGGUGGCCCCAGCUGGGGGACCCCCCCAGCAGCAGCCCCCACCAGCACCUGCCCCCGGGCAGCAGCCCCCGGGCAGUGGAGAGGCCCAGCUCAUCUCCUUUGACUGAUCGUGGCCACAGGGCACAGGAAUCUUGGGGGUCCCGUGGGUCCGGUGUAACACUACUCUUCAUCCGAAAUCAUUCUCUACUUCGACUACUCGUCCUGUCCCCGUGUCCCAGGGGCGGUGGGGCCAUAGGCUCCUACUGCCGGCUUUGGGGAGCGUGGGCAGGGGUGCAGCCCUCCAUGCCCUGCAGCCUGGGGCAGCAGCCCCUCGGCUCAGCCCCCCACCCUCGGCAGCUGGCGGCCCCUGGGGCCGGGCGGGAGCUCGACCUGCCCCUGUCGUUGCCCCGGGGUUUGUGGCCCAGGCCCCAAGGGCGCAGUGCUCCAGCCCUGCCCGGCCCCCGGCGCCGGCUUUGCCCCGUCCCCGCUGAGCCCCGCUCCCUGCAGCGCCCUCACGGGCCCGGGGCCCUUCGCUGGGCCGGGCCUGUCCCCGUCCCCGCCACUCUGGGCGGAGACUGAGCGCUAUCGGUGACAAUAAAGCCUUGGAACGAACUGCGGCCUCGUGUGCUGGGUGCGGGCGGCGCGGUGCCCACGGGCGGCGCAUCCCGCCAGCCAGCGGGCACCUGCUCGCCAAGGGCUAGCAGCAGCUCUGGCUGCCGAUCCCCUUACACUUUCCCCCGCGGUACUGGCCGGCUUCAGCUCAAAUUGAGCUUUGAGCACGUAAAUUUCCUCCCUACAGUGUCUAGAAUGUUUCCAUGCUGUAGAUGCAUAGUCCUAAAUUAUUAAGCUUUAUGGAGCGUUAGAAUGUAUUUCUGCAAUUAGUGAAAGUCAAAGAGGUAAAAUUACAUGGCUUUCAGACUUUAUUUUUGUUUCUUUUA